GCCCCGCAAUUACCGACUCGUGGCUCUUGAUGAACAACUGCUUGGACUUGCGACGUUUCAACACUGUAUAAUAUGUAUACUAAUGCAUACCGGUUUCUCGGACAUGCCAAGGAGCUCGAGCAUGCCAGUUUGGUUAUGCCCGGGCGCACUCGUCAGCGUCUUUUCCCGCGUGUGCGCAGCUGCAACGGCUCUGUCCUCAGCAGCAGGACGGACAUCUGACCUGAAACAUAUCCAACCUUUUCCAAGACCCUCGACUGAUAUAUUGAGGAACAAUGACAGUGCAUCACCACACCAAGGAACUUGGGGGAUUUGGCUUCGUCAAUUCAAGAUUUGCAUUCAUCGCCACCGCGAUUGGAGCCCUGGAAACACAUAUUUGAGGCAUGUCACAUUCAUUGCCUCACAGCUGUUGCUGAACUUGGUAACUGCAAAUUGCCGUUCAGAAACUGCCGCCAAUCCUAUCCUUCUAUAACUGCUCGCUAGCAGGCUCUCCUCUGUUCCUUUCCACCUAUGUCGUAUCUAGGAAGGUUAUGCAUACUUUGUUGGAAAGAUAAUCGAAGGGUCAAACUCUUUUCGAAAAACGUCGUAGUCCGAUUUGUCCUUCGAUGCAGGGCCUGAUUGACUUUUCUCAAUUGCGAACACCACGUCGGUAAAGACACCUUGGAAUUCCUCCUCCUCGAAUAAUAACUUCCGCCACAUUCGGGCUAUCUCUCCCACUGGAUUCCU